GGGUAUUAAAAUCUUCGUUUUGGCUAAUUUCAUGUUUUUUUGUUUAUCUUUUUGUACUAGAAUUCAUAAAUAUUCAAAUGGCCGGCCGAGCCAGUUUGUUUGAAAACUUGUUUCGUACGAGUGUGGCUUUGAUUUGGUUUCGCGCAGUAAAGGGUGAUUGAGAACCUACAGUAUGUGCACUUGAAAGAAAUGCCUUACACGAACCAACCGGUUUACCUGCCCCAUACACAAAUCUAUAUAUUAGCCGACUGGCUAUGAAUAAUGACCACCCGACUGGCUGGAUGGAGGCAGCUUGUUGGCGUUACAAGUGGCUCGACUCGGUCUCAGUUCAAUUUCAACCAGAGACGAACAGAACAAAGUGUUUUCUGUCAAUUAUAAAUCAUUAAACUCGCCCAGUUAUACGGCAGAUCAUCGCUGAUUGUAUGCAGCCAUCACGAAAUCAAAUCACGAAGGGAAAACGCUCGAGACCUGGGACCAAGAAUCCUCUCUGUAGCAGUUUUCACUUCACUCUGGUUGAUAUCCAUCAUUAGACGACCAUAAUUGCUGAAACGGACAGAAUAAAAAUUCUCAGUCGAGCUCAGUUUCAAGUCACGAGUAGAAUAGCACAAUUCAGCUUUUAUUAAAAAGUUAAUUUUUGUUUUGAGUCGACUUAAAACACAGUCCGAAAGAAAGGAUUCUGAAAAAUCAUUAUAAAAUUCGUGAAAAGCCUUUAUUACUACAACAUUUUGAUCGAUUCUCUGCGGGAAAAUGCGGAUACUUCUGGGAUUGUUUGGCACCAUUCUUUGUUUGUUCAUACAAAAAACUAAUGGAGAGAUUCCAGGUUGCGAUUUCUUUGACACUGUGGAUGUUUCAGCAGGCCAAUGGCUCUCGAAUGGUUCAUAUCUAUUCGAGGACCUAGUUAUUCCCGCCCAUUUGACUGGCGAAUAUGACUUCAAGCUUCAGUCCAACAACUCGAAGGAGCAAGUUGCGAGCCACUUGAGAGGAUGUGUCUGUCAAUUGAAGACCUGUGUCAGGUUUUGCUGCGAUCUCUAUGACAUUAUGUCUGAUGGCAACUGUUUUAAUAUCGCGUCGGAGGAGGAGCUGGACGCACUAGAUCCCUUUCUGAACAUAACCCUUAAAGACGGUUCGGUGGUCAAAAGGCACUUCAAAAACGAAAUGUUCGUGCAAAGGGACUUGCCCAGGCCUUGUUACUCAAUGUUCUAUCUAGACAGCCGGGAAAAAGACGAUAAGUACACUCUGUUCGAGGAUGGAACCUUUCUACGGCACCAUGACAAAGUGAGCCUGAACAAACAGAAAUACUGCCUUCAGCAUUUUGUGUUCGACGAAACUACUGAUACAGAAUUCAUCCAAAUUGCACCAUACAACUGCGACCCACAGACACAGGCGCAGGAGAUUUCUAAAACGUGGCAGACCGUUGUAAUGGUGAUAUCGCUGAUAUGUAUGCUUCUUACGAUCAGCGUGUACCUCUUCUUCAAGAAGCUAAGAAACUUGCAUGGCCAAUGCUUCAUCUGUUACAUGGUAAGCCUGUUCAUGGCCUACCUCUUUCUCCUGCUUAAUUUGUGGGAUUUGACCAACGAUUUCUGCAUAACAGCAGGCUUCAUAGGCUAUUUUUUUGUCAUUGCUGCGUUCAUGUGGCUUUCCGUCAUCAGCCUGCACCUCUGGAUGACGUUCAAGGGCUCUGUAGUCAUCAGUGGCUUCUUGGGAGAUAAUCAAUUUUUGGCCUACAGCACAUGCGCCUGGGGCUUGUCAUUUUUCCUGACCGGAAUUACCUAUCUAGUUGAUAAGAUUGCAGGUCACGAAAAUUGGACCCCUCGAAUGGGCAGCUUAAACGAAUGUUGGAUUAUAGUGACUCGAGAUUGGUCUGCCAUGAUCUACUUAUACGGGCCGAUACUGUUGCUAAUUGCGUUCAACAUAACCAUGUUUGUCCUGACGGCCAGAAUUAUAAUUUCAGUUAAAAGGAGCAUAAACAACUUUACUCACAAGCAAGACAAGAACAAAAAGCUCAACUCGGAUAAACAAUCUUACACCUUCUUUCUGCGGCUCUUUAUCAUCAUGGGUCUCUCGUGGAGCUUUGAGAUAAUCUCAUACUUGGUGCAAGCCAAAGAUUUUUGGGCCAAUGUUUUUCAAGUGUCUGACUACUUUAAUUGGUCCCAGGGUACCAUCGUGUUCAUUGUUUUUAUUUUAAAACGCAGCACGCUAAAACUUAUAAGAAAGGCAACCCAUCCAAAACCGAAGCUGAGAGACACCAAUAUGAAACCAGGUCGUGGCCGAUCCGAAAAUCGGUCCCUAAGCUCAACCGCGUAACUCUACCAGUGUGCAAGAAAUUUCACCUAAAAAUAAAUUUAUUUAUCAA